CGAAGCCGUUUGAAAAAAUGAAAUCUUCAAAAGCACACAGCUUUCACAAGCCGAAUAUAGCCGCUCUUCAGAACAUGGAAGGGGAGAAAGAUGUAGUCACAAUCAGCGAUUCAACCGUACGACUGGGUCAGUCACUGGAGUCUAGCUUUUUAAUGUCCCAUGGUCUCUGUGUCGACAACUCGGACACGUACGAGGCGAACGAACAGCAACAAACAAUUCAGGAUACCCAGACAACGGAACAGAAUGGCGAACCGAAGGAUAACACCAAGGAGGAACAGAAGGAUACAAGUAAAGAGGCGCCAGCGGUGAAGAAGAAUCGCUGCCAAAAAUGUGGCAAGAAAUUGGGUCUGGCUGGGGCGUUCGAAUGCCGUUGUGGUGGCAUUUACUGCGCCGUCCAUCGCUACAGUGACCGCCAUGAGUGCAGCUUCGACUACCGCGAAAUGGGUGCCAAUCAGAUCCGUCGUGACAAUCCGGUUAUUGUGGCCAGAAAGUUGCCAGAGAUUUAGUUUCCGUACAUACACAUAUUAAUAAAUAGUUUAGCUAUCCAAAAAUGCAUCUACGAUGCACAAUUCAAUCAGAAAUAGUCUUGUGCAGUAAAAUACCAACAAUAAAAUAGCAGCUAGUCUCCUAUCAUAUCAUUUA